AUCUAAGUUAGCAGAGGGCACUGUAAUCACACUGUACAUUCCAUAGAAUGGAAAUUGUGGUGUUAUGGAUUUUUUGAUGCCUAAAAGCUGGACUUUGCAUCUGAGAUGAUAUUUAUUUUUUCGGGAAUCGAAUUUGGUUUUUGACUGGCGUGGAUUCCGGACGAACUACGCUAGCCAAACAUGUCUCUGAGAGCCAAAGUGUGGAGUUUGUUGGACGUGAUCCUACGAGUUCCGCCCGUCUUCUUGAUGGAUGCGGUGCUCAAUGCGGGUUUUGGUAUCGCUAAAAACAGCUGGAAUGCGGACAAGUCGGUAGAAUCUUCAGAACAACAGGAUAUAAACUCAGAAGACGAGGUUUUGCCACCUGUUAUCGAAAUCGAUAAUGCCUCUCUAUCAUGGCUUCUCCUCUAUAGUCAAGGAUUUAUCGCAGCAUUAGUUGUAUUUGUCUUAAACACCAAACAACUUUUAUCAAUUUAUCUACUAUUUGCGUCAUUUGGAGUUAUUAUCUGGUCUUAUGUGUGUAAUGAAGAAUAUAUUAAAUAUGUAUCAAGUCUGACGGAACGUCAUACAAAUAUUGUUUAUGAAAUGAUUGCCAUUAAUAAGAGAGCUCUCUUAAAAUUCAGUGGAAACUAUCUUCUGCAAAUGUUUCUGGCCAUGAUAUUUUGUUUUUCUAAUAACACUCCACCAUGCAUGUCUCCGUUAAGAGCUAUUGGAUUAUCUUUUAUUGGGCCUACAGUAAUAAGUCUACUUCCUCUACCAUCUGCCAUACUUACAUGCACCCCUUUAGCUUCAGCUGCUAUAUCAUUCUUCUUCAUUGUAGCAAAUUCAUUGACACACUGUCAGAUGAUAUAUGAAACUAUUCAUAACAGUUAUCAAUGGUCUAGAGGCAUAAUACAACAUUAUGGCAUGUAUACUUUUUUAGAAAACCAAUGGAUUCGUCUUCAUGUCCCUCAAGUACUUAGAGUAUUCUGGUUAACCAGGUUAGCUGAACAGUGUGUCUUCUUACUUGCUGAUGCUGCUCAUACAGAAUAUCAAACAAAUGGUUUAAUUUCUGUUACUCUAGAUAUGAUAUGGUUUGUUGUGAAGGAACUUUUAGUUAGGGGUUGUGAAACCAUAAUAGCAGUAAUGGGUAUGACCAGUAUCAUAUCUUCUAUUUCUCAUUAUAUUGGUUAUGUUAUGCAAACAUUUCUUCUACUGGAAGAUCCUGAAGACAGGAGCAUAGGAACUGUUUCUGCUAUUUUAUUCUUUAUUUUAGCUUUGCAAACAGGCCUGACAGGUAUGGAACCUGAAAAAAGGUUUCUAAGACUAUAUAGAAAUUUGUGUCUCCUCUUUACAGCAGUUUUACAUUUUAUCCACAACAUGGUCAAUCCAUUAUUACUUUCUCUAAGUGCUUCAAGGAACACUUCACUUAACAAGCAUGGCCGAGCACUAAUUGUCUGCACAUUUCUUAUAGUUUUUCCAUGCUGGUUUUUGACUUUGCUGUGGACUAAACAUACUAUUAGCACAUGGCUUUUAGCUGUUUCUGCAUUUAGUGUGGAAGUAGUUAUCAAGGUUAUCAUAUCAUUAUUAGUAUAUAUAUUAUUUAUGAUCGACGCUUACAGAAAUACUUUCUGGGAAAAAUUAGAUGACUAUGUUUAUUAUAUCAGAGCCACUGGAAAUACUGUUGAAUUUAUUUUUGGUAUUUUUCUGUUUUUCAAUGGUGCUUGGAUUUUACUCUUUGAAUCAGGAGGGACAAUAAGAGCUUGCAUGAUGUGCAUUCAUGCCUAUUUCAACAUUUGGCUUCAAGCCAAAGCUGGAUGGAAAGUUUUUAUGAAAAGAAGGUCUGCAGUCCAUAAAAUAAACUCUCUGCCAGAAGCUACUGAAGAACAAUUGACAAAUUUUGAUGAUGUCUGCGCCAUAUGUUACCAGGAACUGCAUAAUGCACGUAUUACUAGGUGUAAUCAUUACUUUCAUGGAGUUUGCCUGAGGAAAUGGUUAUAUGUUCAGGAUAUAUGUCCUCUAUGUCAUAAAACUUUAUAUAAUGUAGAAACGGGCGAUCUCAAUACUGAUAGCCAAGAUGAAACUCCAGAGAAUGCACCAGUAAUGGAGCACGAGCAUCAGGAUUGAACAGUGAAAAAGAAUAUUAUAUUUUGAAAUUCUCUAAAAUAAAUUAUAAUUAUUUGUUGUUACGA